AUGGCGCCGCCCGGGCUCAUUCAUUCCGCGCCUGCCCGGCCGUCCACCUGCGCGCUCCUCCGGGCCCCGCUGCCGCCGCCGUCGCCGCUGGCCGCCGCCGCCGCCGCCGCCGCCACCAUGUCGGGCCCCGCCACCGAGCCGCCGUCGGCCAUCCAGAUCUGCCGGAUCAUGCGGCCUGACGACGCCAACGUGGCGGGCAACGUGCACGGGGGCACCAUCCUGAAGAUGAUCGAGGAGGCGGGCGCCAUCAUCAGCACCCGCCACUGCAACAGCCCGCAGAAUGGGGAGCGCUGCGUGGCAGCCCUGGCGCGCGUGGAGCGCACGGACUUCCUGUCGCCCAUGUGCAUCGGGGAGGUGGCGCACGUGAGCGCCGAGAUCACCUACACGUCCCGGCACUCCGUGGAGGUCCAGGUGCACGUCAUGUCCGAGAACAUCCUCACGGGGACCAAGAAGCUGACCAACAAGGCCACCCUGUGGUACGUGCCCCUGUCCCUGAGGAACGUGGACAAGGUCCUGGAGGUGCCGCCCGUCGUGUACUCGCGGCAGGAGCAGGAGGAGGAGGGUCGCAAGCGGUACGAGGCCCAGAAGCUGGAGCGCAUGGAGACCAAGUGGCGGGACGGGGACAUCGCACAGCCCGUGCCGAACCCCGAGCCCAACACGGUCAGCUAUAGCCAGUCCAGCCUGAUCCACCUGGUGGGCCCCUCGGACUGCACGCUGCACGGCUUUGUUCACGGAGGGGUCACCAUGAAGCUCAUGGACGAGGUGGCCGGCAUCGUGGCUGCACGCCAUUGCAAGACCAACAUCGUGACGGCCUCGGUGGACGCCAUCAACUUCCACGACAAGAUCCGGAAGGGCUGCGUCAUCACCAUCUCGGGCCGCAUGACCUUCACCAGCAACAAGUCUAUGGAGAUCGAGGUCCUGGUGGACGCUGACCCCGUGGUGAACGACUCGCAGAAGCGCUACCGGGCGGCCAGCGCCUUCUUCACCUACGUGUCCCUGAGUGAGGAGGGCCGGCCGCUGCCCGUGCCGCAGCUCGUGCCCGAGACCGAGGAUGAGAAGAAGCGGUUUGAGGAGGGCAAAGGGCGGUACCUGCAGAUGAAGGCCAAGCGCGUGGGCCAAGGACAGCCUCAGGCCUAGACCCCCCCUCCCUCCCCCCGUUCAUGUUGAGAGCU